CAAGAAAGGAAAAGAUGGCGGCGACGCUGCAAAGAUCUGUAGGCAUGAGGCUGACGGAAGGAUUGUUAUCAGUUUUACGGACGGAUAAAAGAGAAUAUGUUCCCGUCCUUUUGUCCAGCUACCGAGAGCAUGGGGAUAUAGCUACACAGAAUGCAUCAGUGAUGGCAGGGCUUGUCUCUCUGAGCAACAUACGGCUUGGCUCAGUCAAGACCCGGUUUGAAGGCUUGUGUAUCAUGGCAGUGAUGGUCAAAGACAGUUCAACUGAGCUCUUCCAGCAACACUGCUUAACCUGGCUUCGAUCCAUCCAGCAGAUAAUUCAGUCCCAGGACCCUUUGCAGACAAUGGAGCUGGCUGUGCAUGUGCUUCAUGACCUACUCCAGUAUUCGUCUCAGUUGCCAGAGCUGGCUAGAGACAUUGGCCUUAAUUCAAUUCCAGGAAUUCUGACAUCACUGCUUUCUCUAAAACCAGAGUGCCAUAUUGCUGCUAUAGAAGGAAUGCAUGCUUGUAUGACUUUCUACCCAAGAGCCUGUGGAUCUUUGCGGGGAAAGCUGGGAGCCUAUUUCUUGUCAAAGAUGGAUUCAGAGAACACUCGGAUGCAGGAGUUGGCAUGUUCUUGCUAUUCCAUUCUGCCGACACUAGGUUCUGGGUUCUCGCAAGGAAUCAAGACUUCAGAGGCUUGGGCUCAGCAACUACAGUGCAUUUUGGCCACUGCACAUAGCCUUUUAGGACAACUUUAUGAAGGCGCAGAAACAGAUCCAGUAAUAUAUAUGGGUCCUGGUGUGGAGCUAAACUUCAGUCCUUUGAAUGAGAGAGAUCCACUUUUUAUUCUGAGGCUAAGUCAGAGAUAUGCUGGACUUUGCCAAAGCCUUUCUAAAUUGCUCAGCAUUGAUGUCACAGUUCCUGUUAAACUUCCUGUGCAGGACAUCGUUAACCUGGUUUGUAGAGCAUUGACUGUGACUCAUAAGAAAUUGAAUUGGCUGGGAGAUGGACCUCUGAAAAUGCUAGUGUUACCAGCAGUCCACUUUCGAACACUAGAUGUCCUUAUAGCACUCAUUGAAACUGGAGGAUCUCGACUGAUCCAGUAUUCUACGAUGCUCUGUCAUCUUUUUGCUCAAACUCUGAAUGCAUGGAGUUCUAACAAUGAUACCAUCCUGCCUGGACAACAAAGAGCAUACAGUGCUGUGAGAGUGCAGGUUUAUAAGACUGUGCAAAUAUGGGUCAGUGUGGCAGGGUCAUCUUCUGGAGUAUUGCAAGGUUCUGCUUUUUCUUCUGAGGUACUUUUGGGACACAUACUGAGUGACAUUACCCCAGGGACGGACACAAUCAAGCUGAGGACCGGAAAGGCUAUGCCAGAGCUCAGUAACAAUGUUGGGAAGGUUGGAGGAAAAAGAACCAAAGGAUUGGAUCUCCAUGAAGCAACACCACAUUUGCAGGGAUACAGGAAGCAAGAGAGCAAUGCUAAUUCCGACUGCUGCAAGGCAGCACUAAAGUCCCUCAGCCUCAUCAUUAUUAACAGUGGUACUCUGCUAAAAGAGGAGACUCAUAAGAAGCUGCAAGAGCUUGUGGUGCCACUAUUAGUUGGUUUUCAGCAGCAAGGUAGUUUGGCAGCCAAUGGUACUCAAACAAGUCCAUACUUCAGUCCUGAGAACCGCAAGGAGCUUUACCAUGUCCUACUUGCACUACUUUUGGUUCCCAGUCCGAGGUGGCCUCCACCACUUCAGUGUGCAGUGAGAGCUUUCAGCCUAGGUCUGGGUGACAUCAACAUUAUGGUUGCAUCUUUCUGCCGUGAAGCACUGGCCAUUUGCAAUGUUCUCAUUCACCCGCGCACCCCAUCAAUUGCCCAUUCUUUCUCUUUAACUGCUGCAUCUAGUACACAGCAGACAAUGGGAAAACCUGGCAUGGCAGAACUCCUGCCUCAUCCACAAGUGCCAGCUGCUUUUCGAGCUGGAGUGACUCCUCCCUUCAUCCCUCCAAAUCCUUCCAGUUGUCCUCAACCAUCUGGACCUCUUAGCUUGCCUUCUUUGCUUUCCAGUAGCAACUCCUUUCAAGCCAGACACCCUCUGAACUUGCCAAACUCUGCAACAGCUGCUCUCCCCUGUUCUUCUUUACUUGGGUCCUUGGACAAUCACUUGGCCACAGAUUCUGCAGCACAGCUGAGCACUACUAGUGACAAUCUGGUAGGUACAGGGCUGAUGGAUGUGCUAUCCCCACAUCAUGCAGGUUUAGAAGAUAGCUUUUCAGGUGCUACAGAUGGGCAUAAACCUGUUUUUGUACGUUAUGAUAAGGAAGAGGCAGAAGAUGUGGAGAUUUCCUUGGAAAGUGACUCUGAUGAUAGUGUAGUAAUUGUUCCCGAAGGGCUAUUAAUCAAACAGCCAGCACCACAAGGUAUAACUGCUCAAAAUCAAGAAGGCAGGUUGCCAGAACAAGACAAUGUUGAAGCCUUGGGCUCUGCUGGAGGCACUAGCCCCAAGGGUCAGGCCAACAACAUCACAGGGGCUGUUCCUGGAAUUGGGAUGCCUGCGGCAACAGAUACAGUCUUAUCAACCACAUCAGCCUCAAGUUCUGUCGCGACAAGUGCCCUUGCCAAUAGUUUUACUUCAAGCAUUACUCCUCUGCAAACUGUGCCUCCCACUGCAGUGGUAGAACCUCAGCAGGCACAGUACAGCUCCCAGCAGAUGCUGCAGCAGCAGUCAGAGGAUGAUUCUGCGGUAAUUAACAUUAAUAGUUCAGAUGAUGAUGAGGAAGAGGAAGAAGAGGAGGAGGAAGAAGAUGAUGAUGAUGAAUAUCCAGAAGAAGAGGGCUUCUAUGAAGACGAUGAGGAGGAGGAAGACUACGAAGAGUAUGAAGAUGAAGAAUGUCUAGAAGAUAUGGAGGAGGAGACAGAAGAGGAAGAAGAGGAUGGAGAGGUUAUAGAUGAGGAUGAGGAAGAUUUGGAGGAUGAAGAAGAUCUUGAUCAUUCUGAAGUUUUGAGGACUGGACAUGGCACAUCUUUUCAACUGGAACAUGUAGAGGAAGAAAUGACAGGACUGAAAGCAAGACCAUGUGGACGCCAGGAAAUGCAGGAAGAUUUGUAUAGUGACCCAGUUGAUUUAGAAGAGGAGGGGCCAGUGGAAAUAGAUGAAGGGGACCAGAGCCUAGUAGAGAUUCGGGAUGGGGAGCAAGAAGACGUCAUGUCCAGUGAGCCUGCAAUACACACUGUGCAAAGUGAUGAGCAAGAGCCGGUGAAAUCUAGUGCAGAUGAUGUGGCAGAAAAACCACUAAUCAUUCUUCCAGUAAUAAGCCAGGAAGACGAAAGUGUCCUGCCUCAGGACACCUCAGAACAAGAGAAGGAAGAAGGAAAGUCUGAGAUUAUGCAAGAAGUAACACUUGUAAAGAGUGUCCCUGACAAAUCGGCAUCACCUGUGAGGGAGAGUCAGGUACAAAUAGUUCUUGAAACUGAGGUCCAGGAGAAAGUAAGCAGCACUCCCACAACAAACAGUGAACCUGAACAUGAGCAAGACCAAUCUGUCAUUAAAGAUCAGCCAGAACAAGACUUUACUGAUAGCAGUUUGUCUGAGAAGCAUAUAAAGGAAGAAGAAGUUGAAUCUAAAACAGAUCCAGAGGAAAAUGUCCUCAUCCAAGAUGAGACAGGAAAAGGAAGCAAAAAGGAGACCGAAACUAAGCAAGAAGAGGUAUCAAUCAAGCAAGCUGAAGUGGACUUAGAACUGAGGGAACUGGAGACAAAAGACCCUGAAGAGGAAGAACAGCCUAUAGAUGAGAGGGGGCUGAAGAGAAAACGGGAGGAGGAGCCAACAGCUGCCGAGAACCCAGACAAAAAGAAGCUUACUGAAGAAGACAGCACUGCUGCAAUGCUGGCUGAUUUUGUAGACUCUCCACCAGAUGAAGAUGAAGCAACACUGUUAUAUUCAAAAGAUGACUGCCCACCACAUGAAGCUGAAGCAACGCUGUUAUAUUCAAAAGAUGACUCCUAAACUCAAGUUUAUGAGAUAGGAGGCCUGCAUUUGGAUGUUCCCUUGCUGUGCCAAUAUUUCCCGACUCCUGGUGAAUUCUUUUUUUUGGGCUUCUUCUUUUUCACUUGGCCACAUGCCAGUGUUUUUUCAUGUUAAACUGAUCUUUUUGUUUCUUUAUUUUUUUCACACUACUUGUCUUUGUUUGUUAAGUAAUUUGACUUUAUAUUUUUCCAGUUUUUUUUUUUUUAAUAUUUUUGUUCAUUAAAUUUUUCAUCAAAGGUACCAGAUAUGCAUAUAUUUUGUCCUGGUUGUUACAGCAGAUGAUGAGGUUAAUAUCAAAAGCAGCAUGAGAUUGCGAUACUGUGCAUAUUCUUUCAUAGUGAGAUGGGAUGUAAUGAGCCUGCAGUGUGUUCGUAACCUAAGAGGAGGUCGUCGCACAGACUGUGUUUAUGAAAACGUUUGAUAAAAGUCAUAUAGAACUAUCAACAUCUAUCACAAUGACCAUGCAUUUAUGUGUUUUCAGCUAAAUAUAAUCUUUUACAAAUGGACACUUUCCCUUAUGAGUAAUGCUGUAAGACAGUGCCACCCCUUUUUUUUCUUUGUUCUUUUAGUUUUAUUAAAGAUUUAUAGGGUCCGUA